GACACUAGGGAGCCGAGAGCGCCGCAUUGAGCUGGUCUAAUUUGCGAGCAAGCAUCGCGGCGGGAGCUCCGGCCACCCCUUAGAAAUUCUCUUCUCGGUGCCCACACAAAGCUGCGAAGCUUGUGCGCGCUCAGAUAGCUUAGCAGCCGACCUGCUCUCACAGAGCACCUGCUCGCUUCCCUCCGCCGCUAGACAACCAUGCGCGUCGCGUCCGCCGCCAAGACGCUCGCGCGCGCCGCCCGCACCGCGCCGAGAGCGCGCCCGCUCUCGGCUCUCGAGAAGGACACGGAAGCACCGCGCACGAUGGAGCCGGGCUUUGGCAUCGACGCCAUGGCUAGAAACGGCGCGCCCGCGUAUUUGGAUGUGCAAGCGACGUCGCCCGUGGACCCGAGGGUCCUGGACGCGAUGCUGCCCUACUUCCUGGGCAACUUCGGAAACGCGCAUUCGAAAACGCACGCGUUCGGCUGGGAGUCGGAAAAGGCCGUCGAGAACGCGCGCGAGUCCCUCGCGAAACUGAUCGGAGCCGAUUCUAGGGAAGUCGUCUUCACGAGCGGCGCGACGGAGUCGAAUAAUAUGAGUGUCAAGGGCAUCGCGCGCUUCUACGGCGCGAAGAAGAAGCACAUCGUCACCACCCAAACGGAGCACAAGUGCGUGCUGGAUUCGUGUCGGGCGUUGGAGCGGGAGGGCUUCGAGGUCACUUAUUUACCAGUAGAGCGCGCGACGGGCAUGGUGAACCUCGACGAAUUGAGAAGUGCGGUGCGCAAGGACGAGACGUGCCUCGUGAGCGUGAUGGCCGUCAACAACGAGAUCGGCACGCUGCAGCCUUUGAAGGAGAUCGGCCAGAUCGCGAAAGAGGCCAAGGCCUUCUUCCACACGGACGCGGCGCAGAUGGUCGGGAAGUUACCCUUCGACGUGAACGAGAUCGGGUGUGAUCUCGUGUCGAUCUCGGGGCACAAGUUGUAUGGGCCGAAGGGUAUUGGAGCGUUGUACGUGCGGCGAAGGCCUCGCGUGCGAUUGGAGCCCGUUCUGUCGGGCGGCGGCCAGGAGCGCGGGUUUAGAUCCGGCACAUUACCGACGGCUUUAUGCGUCGGUCUGGGCGCCGCGGCGGACGUCGCUUUAAAAGAGCUGCCGAACGACAUGGCCCACGUCGAACGAUUGUCGGAAAGACUCAUGGCUGGGAUCAGGGAGCACGUGCCCGAAGUUGUAUUAAAUGGCCACGCGACGCAGCGCCACGCGGGCAACGUCAAUUUAUCAUUUGCGUAUGUGGAAGGUGAAUCGUUACUGAUGUCGCUCAAGAACAUUGCGGUAAGCUCGGGGUCCGCGUGCACGUCGGCCUCUUUAGAACCGUCCUACGUGCUCCGGGCCAUCGGCGUGUCCGAGGACCUGGCCCACACGUCGCUGCGCUUCGGGUUGGGGCGGUUCACGACGGAAGCCGAGGUCGACUUCGCGAUUGAUCUACUACGGGUCCACGUCGCGCGGCUGCGGGAGAUGUCGCCGCUCUGGGAGCUCGUCCAGGAGGGCGUGGAUCUGUCGACGAUCAACUGGACGCAGGACGCGGCGCACCACCACCACUAGUAGACCGGUGCUCCUAACCUUUGCUGCUUGU